ACCAACCACUUAAUAUUUUUGUUCACGAGCUCCUCGAAAGACGACGCCACUUAUUGCUUGGCGAGAUGUGGGCAAGCGCCGAUGGCGGCCCGCCGGAGGUGACCCUCGAGACCUCCAUGGGUCCCUUCACCGUAGAGAUGUAUUACAAGCACGCUCCCAAGACCUGCAGGAACUUUGUGGAGCUCUCCCGCAGAGGCUACUACGACGACGUCAAAUUCCACCGGAUUAUCAAGGAUUUUAUUGUGCAAGGUGGUGAUCCGACCGGGACUGGGAGAGGUGGGGAAUCCAUCUACGGUGCUAAGUUUGAGGAUGAGAUAAAACCAGAGUUGAAGCAUACUGGGGCUGGGAUUUUAUCCAUGGCUAAUGCUGGGCCUAACACUAAUGGAAGCCAGUUCUUCAUUACUCUAGCACCAGCUCAGUCCUUGGAUGGUAAGCAUACAAUUUUUGGCAGAGUAUGCAAAGGGAUGGAAAUCAUUAAGCGGCUUGGGAGUGUGCAAACUGAUAAUAGUGACAGGCCCAUUCAUGAAGUCAAGAUACUGAGAACAAUCGUCAAAGAUUGAUGGCAUCAAAUUGAAGCUAGUGAGAACCCUUUUUGGGACGAAUCUGAAUCCCCGUUCCAUGCUAUUUGGCGUUAUAAUCGUGUUGCUUAUUGUAGCAUGUUUAUAUCUGAGUUCAGAUGGCAAAUGAUCAUUAUGAAAUUGUUAAUCAGUGCCCUCCAUUUGAAUUUUUCUUUAUGUGAAAACUGGUGUAAACUCGGACAAUGAAAAUUCAUGUACUAUUAGUCUUAACUUAUUUUAUUUGCAUUA